GUUCUGGUUGUGAAGGCUGAGUUCUGGAGAUCGGAUCGGCUUUCUACGCGGCUCCCGUGGAACCUAGCAAAGAAAGACAGUGAAGACUGCAGGACCUUCCUCCGCGCUUUUGUUACAAUCCAUGACCCCUGUCGUGGGACGGGCGGCCUCUCGCGGAGGUGUCUUCCGGGGCUGGGCUCUUACCGAGGCCUCCACACACGUCCUCUUGUCCUUGUCUCCCCCAGAGGCAGCCGCCUUAGUCUUGUGAGCGUUUUUACACCGGCUAGAUUGAGACUUGGAGUGCUACACUCAGCCCGAGGGCGUCCAGCGCGGUGGAGGCGUGGGGUUUCGGCUGAGCCCACAGGGCACAGACUGUUCAUCCGCUUCUCAUGGCAGCGGCGGUGCUGAUGGACCGGGUUCAGGUUGAGAACAGACUGUGAGCAUGAGGGAGCAGCUACUGCAGUAGUGUUGAUGGUGUCUGGUCUAGAGGUGUGGCUGUGGAGGUGAGAGAAGUUGGUAAAUUUUCUGUUUUUUAAAGUAGGGUGAUUGGAUUUUUUGAUGCGAAAGGUGAAAGAGAGGAGAGUCGUGGAUGACCCUAAGGUUGGUUUGUUUUUGCUGUAGCUGGUAAAAUUAUGGAAAUGCCAUCAACUGAGAUAGAGAAGUUGGCAGCAGGUAUGAUUUUUAGUGGUUAUAUCAGGAGUUAGGCUUUGGUCAUGUUUAGGUUAAGAGGUCUCAGUUGUCAUCUUAGUUGAGGCCUCAAGAAAACACACAGGUUUUUAGUUCUGGGGAAGGGUUCUGUUGAAGAAGUUGAAAAAAAUGGUGGCCAGUGUGUGGAGUGGGAUGGGGUAUCUUCAAAUCAUGGUGGUAAUGCUGUUAUUCGGUAAGAAAGUUGAAACUGGAGACUGAGAGAAAACUGGGUCUGUUGCUUAGGCACCUGGACGGCAGUGGUGCAUAGUGUGCAGACGCGAGCGCUUCCUGGACACUGCAUGCAGAGUGGCAUGGGGGAUGAGGGAUGUCAUGGAGGUGCAUAUGGCAUGGGCCAGUGGCGGUGGGGAUCUCAGAUGUGAGGAAGGUGUAGUCCAAAGAGUAAUGAGCGCGUUGGGAGGAGUGUGAACUGAUGGCCUUAAGACUCUAGUAUUGGCAGCUCAUGGGAGAAGAUGGAGCUGAAGUUUGGUUGUGUUUAGAGGCAUCGUCUGGACAACACCAGAACUGGUUGGUAGGCGAGUAUUUGGGACCCUUCAUGCCAGACCCAGAGUUGAGACAGCAUCUGUCUGCACACUUGCCUGGUUCUGCUCUGGGCUGGACACAGUGGUGAGAGGGACAUGAGGAGAGAGCAGACACUAGUGGUGCCAAGGUCUGUUAUCUCCUCUUAGUUGGGAGGCUGGGGAGGCGAGGGACUAGAGAGUGGGUGUGUGAGUGUGUAGACUGGGGAGGAGGGGGUUCUGGGGAGAGAUGCUGACUGUGGACUCAGCUGUACUCAUCAUGGCAGAGUUGUGUGACCUUCGAGGAUGUGUUCGUGUACUUCUCUCGGGAGGAGUGGGAACUCCUUGAGGAGGCACAGAGAUUCCUGUACCGUGAUGUGAUGCUGGAGAACUUUGCACUUGUGGCUACACUAGGUUUUUGGUGUGAAGCAGAACAUGAGGCACCUUCUGAGCAGAGCGUUUCUGUAGAAGGAGUGUCACAGGUCAGGACUGCUGAGUCAGGUCUUUUCCAGAAAGCACACCCAUGUGAGAUGUGUGACCCACUCUUGAAAGACAUUUUGCACCUGGCUGAACACCAGGGAUCACACCUUACACAGAAACUAUGCACACGUGGGCUGUGUAGGAGAAGAUUCUCAUUCAGUGCAAACUUUUACCAGCACCAGAAGCAACAUAGUGGAGAGAAUUGCUUCAGAGGGGAUGAUGGAGGGGCCUCAUUUGUGAAGAGCUGUACAGUCCACAUGUUAGGGAGAUCCUUUACGUGCAGGGAGGAAGGGAUGCACUUACCAGAUAGCUCUGGCCUUUUCCAGCACCAGACCACUUACAAUAGGGUGAGUCCAUGCAGAAGGACUGAAUGCAUGGAGUCUUUCCCACACAGCUCCAGUCUCAGGCAACACCAAGGAGACUACGAUGGACAGAUGCUUUUCAGUUGCGGUGAUGAAGGGAAAGCCUUCCUGGACACCUUUACUCUUCUUGACAGCCAGAUGACUCAUGCUGAGGUGACACCCUUCAGAUGCCUACCAUGUGGAAAUGUGUUCAAGGAGAAAUCAGCUCUUAUUAAUCACAGAAAAAUCCACAGUGGAGAAAUAUCUCAUGUGUGUAAGGAGUGUGGAAAAGCCUUCAUUCACUUGCACCACCUAAAAAUGCACCAGAAAUUUCACACUGGAAAAAGACAUUAUACAUGCAGUGAAUGUGGGAAGGCCUUCAGCCGCAAGGACACACUUGUUCAGCAUCAGAGAGUUCACACUGGAGAAAGAUCUUAUGACUGCAGUGAAUGUGGAAAAGCCUACAGCAGAAGCUCCCACCUUGUUCAGCACCAGAGAAUUCACACAGGAGAAAGGCCUUAUAAGUGCAACGAAUGUGGGAAAGCCUUUAGCCGUAAAGACACACUUGUUCAGCACCAGAGAUUUCAUACUGGAGAAAGGCCUUAUGAGUGCAGUGAAUGUGGAAAAUUCUUUAGCCAAAGCUCCCACCUUAUUGAGCACUGGAGAAUUCAUACCGGGGCAAGGCCCUAUGAAUGCAUAGAAUGUGGAAAAUUCUUUAGCCAUAACUCUAGCCUCAUUAAACAUCGGAGAGUCCACACAGGAGCAAGAUCCUACGUGUGCAGCAAAUGUGGCAAGGCCUUUGGCUGCAAAGACACACUUGUUCAGCACCAGAUAAUUCACACUGGAGCAAGGCCUUAUGAGUGCAGUGAAUGUGGGAAGGCCUUCAGCCGUAAAGACACACUUGUGCAACACCAAAAAAUCCACACUGGAGAAAGGCCUUAUGAGUGUGGUGAAUGUGGUAAAUUCUUUAGCCAUAGCUCCAACCUUAUUGUACACCAGAGAAUUCACACUGGAGCAAAGCCUUAUGAGUGCAAUGAAUGUGGGAAAUGCUUUAGCCACAACUCCAGCCUCAUUCUGCACCAGAGAGUUCACACAGGAGCAAGGCCUUAUGUGUGCAGUGAAUGUGGGAAGGCUUACAUUAGUAGCUCCCACCUUGUUCAACACAAGAAAGUUCACACUGGAGCAAGACCUUAUGAGUGCAGUGAAUGUGGGAAAUUCUUUAGCCGCAACUCUGGCCUCAUUCUGCACCAGAGGGUUCACACUGGAGAAAAGCCUUACGUAUGCAGCGAAUGUGGGAAAGCCUAUAGCAGAAGCUCCCAUCUUGUUCGUCACCAGAAAGCUCACACUGGAGAAAGAGCUCACGAGUGCAACAGUUUUGGUGACCCUUUAGCUGCAUCUCUUAAACUUGUUUAACACCAGAAAAUUCACACAAGAGAAAGGCCUUAUGAAUGCAGAAAAUAUGUCAUCUUGUUCAUCCUCAUAGGACUCACACCAGAGCAAUGCUCUGUGAGUACCCUUUGUGAGAGAACCAUCAGCUAGCAGAUGAGCACCGUAUAUUCAUUCCACCCUGGGGAGAUUCCUGAUAAGCACCACAUAUGUGGGAGGCUUUCAUGAGGUGUGUUGCACUUUGUAACUGUCUAGAGCUCUUGAUGGAAUUAUAUCACUGCCAGUGCCUGUGGCGGAAGCCAUCUUAUUGCUACCAGCUGUGUGUGUCAAUCACUCCAUUUUGCUCAGGGAAGGCAGACUUCUGUGCUUUCUUUCCUGUACCCUACAGGUAAUCAUGAAUAUUUUCAAGGACUUCCCCCACCCCACUUCACCCCCUACCAUUGAGGGUCCUCAUCUUUUCCCUCAUGAUUAGGUUCUGAGCAAACAUGAUCUAGCUCUCACCAAAAGGACCUGAGCUAGGGUCUGCUGGGAUUUCCUGACACGAUUUUCCAUCUUCAUGGACAAUGUUAACUGUAAACGUGAUAGCUGUGACUUACUUGUCUUACUGCCAAGUCGCCCAAAUUUGGAACUGCUUGUCCCAUGCUGCUCUGAUUUAUACAGUGAUAAGGGCCUAUUGUGGCAGUCUUUACUCUUGGGGAUUUUGUUACUGUGUAGAGUGGAUUGAGAAAAGAAUUGGGUUCUGUCAUGAAGGGAGUAGCACCUUUUGUGGGCACCACCUUUAUGUGCCUCAGAGGGGACCAAAGGAUGGCAGAAAACUGUUCUCAGUCUAGUUUGACCUAAUUUACACUAUUGCCCUAGUGUAAAUUGCUAGGAAAGACUGAAAAAAUUUUUGUGCCUAACUUUGUGGCCUGGCCACCAGGAUUUCCUGUGAGCCCAGUGAGGAGGGCAUAGUUGGUGCGAAAAUCUCCUGUGCUUCUGGAAGCAACAUAAGUUGGGUCACUUAACUGUCACGUACUCCCCAGCACGGUUGAGGGAUUGCUGUCUUCUGUACCUGUACAGGAUCAAGUCCCUGAUAUCCAGAAUCCCAUAGGCAAGUAACAUUGACUGUAAGACCUCUAUAGGGCAAUGUGAAAAUCAUGAUUGCUACAGAAGCACUGAGAUAAUGGAGUGGGGAUGACUGUGGCAAACAAAAGGAGAUUCGAACAUUCUAGAGGGGCAUCCACAAAUCUCGGUGCAGUUAUGAUGGUGUGGGAUGGGAGUGCAUAGAAAUUCUCAGGACCUUCAGACAUCUGUAUCUCCUGUGGCCAAGGCCACUGUCAGAGGAAAUAAUCUAAAUGUUUGUGGAUUCCUGUGUCUCCCUGGGCAGUUGACCUGCACAGACAGGAACCUCAGCAGUGACAGAAGAGAGAUCCAGGGAUGGGUCUUCUCUGACCCAGCCAGCAUUCCGAGUGACUGAGGUGGAUGUGGACAUCAUUGCUUACCAAUUUUUACCAACAUUGAGGCAGGGCUCACUCUCCUAAAUUGUAGGGAGAGGAAUAUGGUAAAGCCAAAAUAGUUGACAGAUCUAACUUUCCUAGUGGAACAGUAUAUAUAGAUUUUAAUGAGGAACAUUUAUUUAACAGCUUUAUGGAGGUAUGAUUAACAUGCAAUAAACUGCAAAUAUGUAAAGUGUAAAAUGUGCUGUUUCAGCAUGUGUGUACACCUAUGAAACCACCACAGUCAAGAUAUCCAACACAACAAAAGAUUGUCCCUUUAUAAUCCUCAAUUUUUCCUUAUCUUGUUUUCCACAAUUCACAAGCAACAGCAAGCAUUUUCUAUAAUUUUAUAAAUGAAACCAUAUGGUGUGUACUUUUUAGGGGGUGGGGCUCUGGCUUUUUCAGUAAACAUAACUAUUUUAAGGUUAAUCCAUUAUCUUGUUGCAUGAAUCAAUUGUUUGCUCAUUUGUAUUGCUGAGUAGUAUUUCAGUAUUUCAUUGUAUACCACAAUUUUUCCUGUCAACUUAAUCGUUAUGGAUGUUUGGGUAACUUUCAGUUUUUGGCUAUUACAAAUAAACCUCUGAAGAUUUGUGUGCAAA